ACUGCGUUUAUGACAUUGUAGUUUGUAGCAAUGAUUUAUGACUGUGAGAUAGAAGCUCUGUCUCGCGAUCGACUCCUUUGACCAAGCUGCUCAAGCAAUAAUCUUCCCCUGAAAUAGUAGUUGUUCGAGGAAAUGGUCUACCGUGGCUACAUAAUUGUAUGUAGCCCUAAGCCGAGCGGUUCAGUCUCUGUACUGGAGCACGUGGUGGGACAAUGAAUUGAUUGGAUUACUCGAAGAAGAUUGCGGCCGAUGGUCCUGAAGAAGAAGCUAAUUUCGGACCGCUCUUGUCAGUAGAUUGACGGUAACAAUGGACUGGCCAUUUCUAGUCCUGUGCACGGUUCUGGCGCUCGUGUUCUAUUUCUGGAAUUCGUUGAGCAAUGCCUUUGUGCUCUGGACUGUGGCGUUCGGCGGCGCUGAUGGCCGCCGCGAUGUGGCCUGCUCGUCUCGAAUGCACGCCUACAUAGCUCGCAGUGAGCUGUUGGACGAGGUCAGUUUCGCCGAGCUGUUCCAGCUGUGUCGGGAGAUCGUCGACUCGGAGCCGAACGUCGGGAUCGAGGCGCUGCAGGACGUGGUCCUGUCGUACAAGUUCGUGUCCAUGUACCGCGAUCGCGUUGACGGCUCGCUGCGCGGUAUGCUGCUGCUGGACGAAAGAGAUCGCACGCAUCACGGCCGCGACAUCAUCGUCUUUCGCCUGGGACUGGCGCUGUUCAAGCAGCAGUACCAGGGUGGCGCGCUUCCGUAUAUUUUCUUCCUGUACCGCGCCCUGCGCUGCUUCCUGCUGCAGCCCAACCGGCAAGUGUACGUGCUCGUGAAGCUGUUCAGCUACAAAAGCUACAUGAUCGCGAUGAACAGCAGUGAGCAUGCGUACCCGCGCUACGACACGAAGACGCCAGAGUUUGAGCAGUCGCUGAUCGAUGAGUACGGCUACUCUCUGGAGACGAGCAUGGCGAAGUACGACCCAGAGACGUGCGUGGUGACGAGAUCACACGUGCGACUGGAGCGGCACGCGGCACCGAUACGGGACAGCGACCUUCAGAACCCGCACAUCCAGCACUUCGUCAAGCUGAACCCGGGCUGGCAGAAGGGACACUGCCUGGUGGCGUGCGCCAAGAUCACACCGGGCGUUUUCCUCUCCAUCGCCAAGAACAGCUUGAUGCGUGCCAUCUUCCAUCGCAGCCGACAUGCCGGGGGGAAGCCCCGGCCGCGCCUCUCUCGGCAAACAUCGCUGGCCGACGCAUUGAAUCGGCGGCGCCUGUACACGUCCAACAUCGGCGAUCCCAGCUCGUUCAUAGUGACGAGCUCCAACGAAUCUGCAAGUCCGGGAGAAGAUGGUAUGGCGGUAGAUGACCUUGACACAAUCGACAUGGAGGAUGCAUUUAGUUGACGAAUAAUGGUGGGUUGGCACAACCACACUCAAAUGCUUUCUUACUCUACACGCAUACAAGAACUGUGAUGUUUUAUGGAGUUGGAACUAGGUAUUUGAGGCAACAUCACACCCAUAGCCACUGCGUUAAAACUCUGACCUUGAUACCAGUACAAUGCAUGCAUUCAGAGGCGCGUCCUUGAUUGAUGAAGCAGAAACAGAUCGAGACUUGCACCAGGCAGCAGUCCAGUCCACAUAACUGGCAAAACCAUAGCAUAGUCAUGCCUGCAGCAGUAUUAUUAAUCACUGGCGCAUAGAUCUCUGGAGUUCUAACACUCCUAGAUGCACGCUAGUACAGGCACCUGGUCACAUGAUUCCAGAGCUGUUGAUAUUAGUCACAGUCGUAUGAUUGUGACAGAUCUCAAGUAUUGUUCAUGAUGGGAACAUUGAUUUCAAAUAUUUGUGCAUUUAGACCCGUUCUCUCAUGUCUACCAGUGAGAGUGUGACGAUUAUGAUCAACUGUGAUGUGAAUGACGUCACCAAGUUUGCCAGCGCUGACCAAGGGCCGUGCCGGUGUGGAAGUGCUGAACGCUAAUGCCAUACCAAGCAAAACACUGUGCCUUGUCCUGUUGGUAGGCGCCUGUCAGGUUUGGAUUACUGGAUGAACAGGCAGCGAGAAAGAUUUCACCGAUUCUGGUUUGGUCAAUCCUCACCGUCAGUGUACUUGAAGUGCUGCUACCAGUGCCAGUGACCAUGCGGGAAACAUGUGUGGUACUAUUACUACUAAUGGAUAACCAGAUGGAUGGGCCCAACUAGCUGUACGGUGUGGUUGUUCGGAUCUAAUAAGAAACCCUUGACCACUCUUGAUCAAUUUCAGGCAAGGUUUGCUAGUAUGGUGGUAAAGACACACCUGGCAAUAUGGCGGUAAACACACGCCUGCCCACACACGCUCUCUAGGCUGCAAAGUUCUGGCACAGAGCUCUCCUUCUCACCACCAUCAGUUCGCGCCUGGCGCCUGGUCGAUGCAUGGCUGGCGGUUUGCUAGAGCUCUACUAAAAAGAAAAAACUGCAUUUGAUUACACUUCUUCUAAAUCUGUCUUAAUGCUCCCUAGAAUCACUAGCCUAUCGUCGUCAAAUCAUCAGUCUCACCACUUUUCACAGAUAUGUUUUCCAUCAUCGUGAUUACCUUGCUGAUUUCCAUUUCAACAUUACGAAUAGUGAGCGACGACCAAAUAAAAUCAUUCUUCCCAAAUUUAAA